AUGGAUUCGAAUCAACCCAUCCACCACGAGCGGCAUAUCCGCAUCAUCUGCAUUGGCGCCGGUGUCUCGGGUCUCCUCUUCGCGUACAAGCUGCAGCGAAGCUUCUCCAAUUUCUCUCUCGUCAUCUACGAGAAGAACCCCGAGAUUGCCGGCACAUGGUUUGAGAACCGCUACCCAGGCUGCGCCUGCGACGUCCCCUCACACAACUACACCUGGUCUUUCGAACCAAAGCCCGACUGGUCAGCGAGCUAUGCCAGCAGCAAGGAGAUUUUCGACUACUUCGACACCUUCUCGCGCAAGUACGGGCUGCGCCACUAUUGCCGGGUCCUGCACCAGGUUGUCGGGGCUAAAUGGAACGCCCAAGGCGGCUACAACGUCCGCGUGCGAGACCUGCAGUCGGGGAAGGAGUGGAAUGACUCGUGCGAUAUCUUGAUCAACGCGGGUGGGAUCCUCAACUCGUGGCGCUGGCCUGCGAUCCCUGGUCUUGACAGGUACAAGGGGACGCUGGUGCAUACUGCCAACUGGGACGACUCGAUCUCGCUGGAAGGGAAGCAUGUUGGACUCAUUGGGAAUGGGUCUUCCGGUAUCCAGGUUCUACCGGCUGUUCUGCCUGAAGUCAAGAAGGUGACGACCUUCAUCCGCGAACCGACCUGGGUGUCGCCCGUCAAAGGCCUGGAGCAGCACAUCUUCACCGAAGAGGAGAAGAAAGCUUUCGCAUCCAACCCAGGCCAUCUAACCGAGUACCGUCGCGGGAUCGAAAGCGGCAUGAAUGGCCAAUUCGCCAUCUUCCUCCGCAACACCGAGGGCCAAAGGUCGACGCGGGAGUACAUGACCCAGCAGAUGAGGGAGAAACUCAGCAACGCCGAGCUGGACAAGGUCCUCAUCCCCGAAUGGUCGGUCGGCUGCCGAAGGAUCACGCCGGGGGUCGGCUAUCUCGAGUCGCUCAGCCACGAGAAGGUCAAGGUCGUGUACGGCAACAUCACCGAGGCCAGCGAGAACGGCUGCAUCUGCGACGACGGCAACGAAUACGCAGUCGACAUUCUCAUCUGCGCGACCGGCUUCGACACCUCGUUCCGCCCGCGCUUCCCCAUCAUCGGGCCGGGUGGAAACAACCUGCAGGAUGCAUGGAAGGACGAGCCCCAUUCCUACUUUGGCAUUGCUGCCGCAGGCAUCCCCAACUAUCUCACCUUUCUUGGCCCAAACAGCCCUGUUGGGAACGGACCUGUAUUGUCUGCCAUUGAAGCCCAAGCCGACUACAUGAUGAAACUGAUCGACCGCUACCAAACAACCAAUAUCCACAGCUUUGCGCCAAAACACGAAGCCGUCACCGACUUCAUCCAGUUCAAAGACGCCUUCAUGCGCCGCACCGUCUGGGCCGACGGCUGCCGCUCCUGGUACAAGUCCACUGACCCCAACGGCCCUGUGACAGGCCUAUGGCCAGGCUCAACACUGCACUACAUCGAAGCGAUGAACGAGGUAAGGUUUGACGACUGGGAGGUCAAGUACAACGGGAACCGGUUCGCGUGGUUGGGGAAUGGGUAUAGCCAGACGGAGAUCGAUGAGACGGCGGACUGGGCGUAUUAUAUCCGCGACCAUGAUGAUGGGCAGUUUCACAGUCGCAAUAAGAGGCUGCGGAUUGUGAAUAAGUCGGGGACGAGAAGGCCGGAGAAGACGGCUUUUACGGUGUUUCCGAGGAUUUAG